AAGAAAUGAACCAACCAGGCUUCCGUAGGCGACACUUGCACGAAACCAAACAAGUCUGCUCUCUGUUUUGACCUUGUUAUCAUUAUGUUAUCAUCUUCAUCACUGAAUAUCAUUAUUUUUUGGACACAUAUUGGGAUUGGAAGACAUCGGAAGAAAUUUUCAAAAAAUGGGUUUGCAUAUUCAUAGUUAUUGUAAGAUGAAUUUUCAUCUCAUCAAAAGGACAUUGAGUACUGCAGCUCCUACUGUAAAAAUGUAUAUAAAUGGAGAAUUCGUGGAAUCAAAAAGUACAGAGUUUACAGAAGUUCAUGAUCCAGCUACAAAUCAAUUGUUAUGUCGUACACCCAAAUCUACUAAAGGUGAAAUGGAAAGUGCUGUCGCAAGUGCUAAAGAAGCCUAUGAAAAAUGGAGAUACACUAGUGUCUUAACAAGACAAACACUAAUGUUAAAAUAUCAAGCACUUAUUCGUGAAAACUCUAAACUUAUUGCUGAAAAUCUUGUAAAAGAAAAUGGCAAAACUAUGGCUGAUGCUGAGGGAGAUGUACUGCGAGGGCUUCAAGUUGUAGAUGCUUGUACAUCAAUUCCUUCAUUGCAAAUGGGUGAAACAUCAACAAAUAUAGCUACUGACAUGGAUAUAAUAUCAUACAGAGUUCCAUUAGGUGUAACAGCAUCAAUUUGUCCAUUUAAUUUUCCUGCUAUGAUUCCACUCUGGUCAUUCCCUGUAUCAGUUGCUUGUGGUAAUGCAACAAUAUUAAAACCUUCUGAAAGAGUACCAGGAGCAUCAAUGAUUUUGGCUGAACUAUUUGCAAAAGCUGGAGCACCACCAGGUCUACUCAAUAUUAUUCACGGCCAACAUGCAGCUGUAGAUUUUAUCUGCCAACAUCCUGAUAUCAAAGCUGUUUCUUUUGUUGGUUCAGAUCAGGCUGGAAAAUAUAUUUACAAAGAAAGCAGUGCUCAUGGAAAACGUGUUCAAUGUAACAUGGCAGCAAAAAAUCACUGUAUUGUAAUGCCAGAUGCAAAUAAAAAUAAAACUAUUUCACAAAUCAUUGGCGCAGCUUUUGGAGCUGCUGGUCAGCGUUGUAUGGCUCUUUCAGUAGCCGUUUUUGUCGGAAAAACCAAAGAAUGGUUACCAGAGUUGACAGCAGCUGCCAAACAGUUAAAAGUUAAUGCAGGUCAUAUCCCUGGCACAGAUUUAGGUCCGGUUAUAUCUCCGCAAUCAAAACAAAGAAUUCAUCAACUUAUAAAAUCUGGUGUAGAUGAAGGAGCGUCAUUAGAUCUCGAUGGUCGUGGUAUUGUUGUUAAAGGCUAUGAAAAUGGUAAUUUUGUUGGACCAACAAUUUUAUCCGGAGUACAGAAACACAUGAAAUGUUACACCGAAGAAAUCUUUGGACCUGUUCUUUGUUGCAUGUUUGCUGAUAGUUUAGAAGAAGCUAUUGAUUUAAUUAAUAGCAGCCCUUACGGUAAUGGCACAGCUGUUUUCACCAGCAAUGGUGCUACGGCUAGAAAAUUUGUGAAUAGCAUUGAAGCGGGACAAAUUGGUGUCAAUGUUCCCAUUCCAGUGCCAUUACCUAUGUUCAGUUUUACUGGAAACAAAGGAUCAUUUCUUGGUGACAACCACUUUUAUGGAAAAUACGGUAUAAAUUUCCAUACUCAGACUAAGACAAUCACUCAGUUAUGGAGAUCUGAGGAUUCCACUGAUAUUACAUCUUCAACAGCUAUGCCUACGAUGCAAUAAAUAUUCACUGAUGAACAUAUACAUAUAUUCUCAGUGAGUGUCAUGAAUAUUUCUCACAGAAUUUUUAAGGAAUUACUAUGUCUUCCACUAUUUUUAUAGCAUACUUUUUAUAUUGCUUCUUUCUACAUCUAAAAAAAUAAUGUAUAAACUUCUGUUAUUUGAAAUAAUUGUAUAUAUAUUAUGUUGAUUUGAUUUAUAAAAAAAGUAUCAAUUGACAACAUUCGUUAUAGAA